CCCGCUUGCUUAUUCUCACCGCCCACACCGUCGCCCCUCCCCACACCUCGUCUCGCCUCGCCUCCCCGGGCUGACCCAGGUCAUCAUUUCCCUCCCCGGGCUGCCGGGCUGCCGGGCAAGCCUCAUCAGUCAUCAAUCACCACGCCUUCUCCUUUCCCCCGAAGCACCACCCAAAUAAAAACUCGCCCCGCCGCGGCGCUGUUCGCCUUCCCCUCAUCGUCUCGUCCCAUCGAAACCCUAGGCGACCGGCAUUCGCGCGCUUCUCCCCGCCCCGCCCCGCCCCGCCCCCAUGGAGGACUUCGCGCGCGCGGUGGAGGACGGGCUCAAGCUUUCGAAGCGCCUCAUGCUUCCCAGCGGGCUGCCGCCGCCUCGGCCGCCGUCGGGGAUGGACCGGGCGGUCUCCACGGCCGCGGCCGCGGCCGCCGCCCUGCUGCUGCCGUCGGCGCCGACGGCGUACGCGGUGGUGACGGACCCCUCCGCGGUCGACACCCCCGACGUGCCCAGCUACCAGCCCUACGUGUACGGCCGCCUCGACCCGCCCGCGCUGAUCCCGCUGCAGAUGAAGGAGGUCGACCUGGCCGUCGACUGCGCGCUCGACGCGGCCACCGUCACCGUGCGCGCGCGGUGGUGGCUGCACUGCAUCACGCGCAGCCGCGAGUGCGACGUGCGGCUCAUCGUGCCCAUGGGCGAGCAGGGUUCAAUUCUAGGCGCUGAGGUUACUAUCGGAAGAAGAUCAUAUAAUACUCAAGUAACUGAAGUAGAAGAACACAUGGAGAAUUAUGCAAAAACUGAUAGCGGAGGCCUUCUGAAGCCCGAAUUGUUUUUCUUGACAAUACCACAGGUUGAGGGCGGAGCAGAUAUUUUCGCCACAUUCCGAUGGUCUCAGAAGUUACUCUAUGAUAAUGGGCUCUUCUCUGUUGACAUACCUUUUCGAUUUCCGUACUUUGUCAACCCACUGCCAAAAGUAUUCAUGAAGAGGGAAAAAAUCCAGUUGAAUGUGAACAGUGGUUUCAGUAAAGAGAUUCUAUUGCAGGGAACGAGCCACCCGUUGAAGGAAAAGGGCAGGCAAGGUGAUAAAUUAUCUUUUCUGCAUGAAGCCAUUGUUGAGAAUUGGUCGAGCAAAGAUUUCAAUUUUUCAUACAGUGUUUACUCUGGUGAUUUGUCUGGUGUUGUGCUCGUGCAACCCUCAACAUUACAUGACUAUGAUGAUAGAGACAAAUUCUGCAUUUUUCUUUUACCUGGAAGUGGAAAUAGAAAGGUCUUCAGAAAAGCAGUUGUGUUUAUUGUUGAUACAAGUGGAAGUAUGCAAGGAAAGCCUCUUGAGAAUGUGAAGAAUGCGGUGUCUACUGCUCUUUCAGAGCUUGCGCAAGGAGAUUACUUCAACAUUAUAACUUUUAACGAUGAGCUUCACUCAUUCUCGUCAUGUUUAGAGCAAGUAAAUGACAAAACAAUAGCAAGUGCAACUGAUUGGAUGAACUCAAACUUUGUUGCUGGGGGUGGCACAGAUAUUAUGCAUCCUUUGAGUGAGGCAAUGGCGUUACUGUCAAGUGCUCAUGAUGCACUUCCACAAAUAUAUCUUAUCACUGAUGGAUCGGUUGAUGAUGAACAUAACAUCUGCCAAAUUGUGAAAACCGAGCUCAUCAAUAGAGGAUCUAGAUCUCCUCGGAUUUCUACUUUUGGCCUAGGAUCAUAUUGCAACAACUAUUUCCUGCGCAUGCUGGCAUCAAUUGGCAAGGGACAUUAUGAUUCUGCACUUGAGACAGGAUCAAUUGAGAGUAGGAUACUUAAGUGGUUCAGGAGAGCAUCAAGUACAAUUGUGGCAAAUAUCUCCGUUGAUGCUACGGUACAUCUUGAUGAAUUUGAAGUGGAUUCUGAGUACAUUCCAGACAUUUCAGCGAAAUCUCCUUUAUGUGUAUCUGGAAAAUACCACGGCAAAUUCCCAGAGACAGUUAAAGCUAAGGGUUACGUGGCUGACAUGAAAGAAAUAUCAGUCGAACUGAAGGUCCAACAUAUAAAGGAAAUACCUCUCGACAAAGUUUUGGCAGCACAGCAGAUUGGUCUUUUGACAGCGAAAGCAUGGUUUUCUGCAGACAAACAACUGGAGAGAAAGGUGAUUAAAUUAAGCAUACAAAAUAGCAUUCCAUCGGAAUACACAAGCAUGGUCUUACUUCAAACCAAUCAGGAGAAAGUAGAUGCAACACAAAAGGUCAAGCAGAAACUAAAAGGACACGAAGGCCCAGAUGAGCUACGAAUCCCACUUCAUGGCCUAAAACUCGGAUUUGGUGACAAAGUCGCUACAAAGGAAAAUCUCAUCACAGGAUUUGAGGAUUUAAAACCACCUGAGAAGUUGCAGAUCUUCACCAAGGCUGCUGGCUGCUGCAGCCGCCUCGCUGACACUCUCUGCUGCAUGUGCUGCAUCAAGGCGUGCAACAGGAUGAACGACCAGUGUGCCAUUUUGAUGGUGCAGAUCUGCGCGGCUCUUUCGUGCCUAGGCUGCUACGAGUGCUGCACGGAGGUGUGCUGCGGAGGGUCGGACUCAUAGUUUUGCAACCCGGGCGUUGUGUUUUGUAUUGUUACGAAGGUUUGGUGAUUUGGAGUGUACAUAAUAGAGUUUGCGGAAGUCUGGGGUCAAAUUCUGUACAGCUUGAUCGAGGAUGACAGUCUUGGUUGCACAACAUCUCCUUGUUAAGACAUCAAAUAUGGGGACCACCAGUCCAAAUGUUCUAAUGAGCUUUUACUGGAGUAUAUGCAAAAGAGGAAUGCCAGAG